AUGCAGUAUUUACCGGUCAAGUGGACAUACCCGAAGGAAAAAUUGUACUAUACCGUUAGGAUUGAAGAAGAUAUCCUAGUAAAAUUAAUCAAGGCCAUGUACUCGAAGGCGAGAUUGCACGGAGAAGAUUUCGACUACCACCGUCGCGAGGCAGGUGUCCGCGAUUACGAUAUCGGCAACAGAGGAAACAGCGGCAAAAAUGGCAACGGUGGCAACAAUAGUGGUGCAGUGGCACGUGGGCCGAGCGGUAACGAAGGGACUCUUGGGCCUGCAGGUGGUCGUGAAUGGACCAAUCACGUAGGCGUCCAUCGCACUCUGGGCUACGAGUCGCAAGACAAAAACGCUGCUAAACCCUAA